CGGAUCAGGAUAGUAGUCGGAAACAGAGGUCCAUCACAUCGCAGACCAGCACACACGAGACACAGAUAUGUUUGCAGCAGCAAAGACGACGGCUCAGCGGGGCGUGAGCGUCUCCCUGUGGACGAGAUCGAUUUCGGUCUCCCCAGCUGCUCCACAGCAUCCACCGAAAAACGACACGGAGGUGUCCAGAAAGUACCGGUUCUCGUACGAGACGGCGAAAAACAAGUACGUGAAGGAGUCGGACCUCAAUGUGCCACAGGACAAGUUUGACUUUGCCAGCUACGAAAACAAGACGAACUCCACGACGGUGUCUGAGGAAAACGCACAGUUGAUACCCUCCAUCGUGGCGCUCCACGCCAGACUCCAGCUCCCGGAGGAGUACAAGCUGUCCACGCUUGUGAAGUCGCUGUCCUGUCCGAUGGGCGAGGGCAACGCGUCCAACAACCAGCAGAUGACGAUCUUCGGCUCCCACAUCCUCUCCUUCUACGUGUCGGAAUACCUCCUAGCCAACUACCCAAGACUUCCGAUUUCGAUUCUCAGGUCCGCAAUAGACGCAUACAUCGGCAACUUCUCCCUCUACGAUGUUGCCAAAAACUCCUGGGGUAUAGAUGAAGACGCCUCCUCUAAGCUAGACAAAUACCUAUCCAACGAGCCUGAACUCUUCAAAUACGGUAGACUCAGAUACUUGCGUAAAGUGAGUACCCCCGAAUCCAACGUCGUCAAAUACUCCCCAGCGCAGGUCAAUCCCUACGAAAUAUCCAAAUCAGAGGCUUUCGCCAACUCCGUACGUUCGAUAAUCGCAGGUCUCUACGUCCACUCGGGCGAAACAGCCACAAAAGAAUUCAUCACCAACCACAUCCUCUCAAGACAAGUAGACAUCUCCGCACUCUUCGAGUUCAAAGAACCAGGGAAACUUUUGACCAGACUGUUGAAAACAAACAACAUGCAUCCGCCAACAGUGAGGCUCAUCUCCGAAACAGGUAGACUUUCGAACAGCCCCAUCUACGUCGUGGGAUGUUUCUCCGGAAACGACCUCUUGGCAAGCGGGGAAGGUUCCUCUUUGAGAGAAGCAAGAGUAAGAUCUUUUGUGAGAGCUCUCAAAGCAUGGUACCUUUACAAGCCGCUUGAUGCUAAGGUGCCAAGUGAUGCUUCCUUCAGUGGCAUGUUUGUCGAUGACGGUGAAAAAUUUUACUGA